CUCUGUGCCGACACUGUAUUUGACAGGGCGUCGCCGGGACGGACACUGCAGAGGGAGGCUCUCUCCGGGACAUCAAAGGUGUGCCGAGGGCAGACUCCAGGGGGGGGUUCAUGGGAUGCACUAUCUAUGCAGCCAGCCCUGAGGCCCUGACUGUGGAUGAGGCCACGGGCCAGGACCCACGCCAGCACUUAAACCAGCACCACCCACAUGGUACCUGUAGCCAGUGGAUAGCAGCCAGCAGAGCCAGGCCCAAGACCAUGACUGAACACCAGGAGCAUAAUGAAGAGACAGGCCUCUUGUCACCACAGGACCUGGAACCUUCCAAGGAGGAGGACUCUCAUGGACCACCGCAGUUCAGGCAAGAGUUGAUUGACGACCUAUCAUAUGAAGAUUUAAAAAAAUGUUACAGAGGUUCGUGUGUGUCUUGCAGCGGGGUGCUCCACGCCAUCGAUGUGCGUGAGUGUGUGUGUGUGUAUGGUGCCAACAUGCUGAGUCUGGUGCAGAGCACUCGUCCUCUGAGGGAGAGGGUCGUGGCGGCAGCGACGGCGGGCGGUGUUGGUGGUGGUGUUGGUGGUGGUGGUGUUCAGGCACGGAGCCAAGCCAAGGAGCUCCUCAUGACUCUGCCCUGUCCCUCUGCGCAGACUGUCAGCAAGUACAACUCCCAGUACCACAAACUCUUCCAGUGCGUGCCCAAGGAGGAGAUCCUCAUGAAAGUGUACUCAUGUGCCCUGCUAAGAGAUAUCCUCCUGCAGGGCAGACUCUACAUCUCAAGAAACUGGCUGUGCUUCUAUGCCAACCUUUUUGGCAAAGACAUUAAGGUUGCCAUCCCUGUGGUCUCUGUGAGGCUGGUCAAGAAGCACAAAACAGCUGGCCUGGUUCCUAACGGCCUAGCCAUAACCACAGACACGAGUCAGAAGUACGUGUUUGUGUCUCUACUGUCCAGAGAUAGUGUGUAUGAUGUCCUCCGAAGAAUUUGCACACACCUUCAGGUCAAUGGCAAGAAGAGUCUGAGUUUAAAACAGUACAUGGAGGAACCUAACUCCCUAUCUCUGGAUGAGUUCCCGGCCCCAGAUGAGUUCCCUGUGUCAGAUGAGUACCCCCCGGUACUAAAAUGGAGGAGGAAACCGUCCGUGGUGUCGGUGUCCUCGUCCCUGCCCGACCUCCUGGGCAACUCCACUAGCAGCUUGAGCGCUGUGGACACGCCCUUCCAGACCGAUCAGCCCUUGGAAGAGCGGGGUUUGCAGACAGAGAAGAGUUUUCUAUCAGAGCCUGUACCAGAGCUUGGCCAGAUGGAGUAUCAGCUGCUCAAGUUCUUCAUCCUGCUUAUCAUUCUGCUUAUCCUGUCCUCAUGUUAUCUGGCCUUCCGUGUGUGCAGUCUAGAGCAGCAGCUCUCCUUCCUUAGUAAUCCUACGUUGCCCCUUCGGGAAAGGUAACCACUGCUCAACUCUGUGAUCCACUCUGCAAAAAUGUUUAACCUUUAUCGACCCAGGAAAUGUUGUUGCCCAUCAGUUUAGACUGGACAUCUGUAUAGAUUCCUACAAUUAACUAUGAAGACUCCAUGAUCAACUUCAAGACACAUUCCACUCUGGCAUUGCUUCCAAACUAUGCAAACAGACUCCUUAUUUAGUUAUGGUUUAAAUACUGUAUAAUGUGAUAGUCUUACAGUCAUGUUUACUGUUGUGCGGGCCUCAUUGACAGUUUACAGAGACCAUAAAAGAAAGCAAAUGACAUUCAAGGAUAUCAUGAAUGAACUCUGAAGAAAUCUGGCAAAAGAGUGACAAGGAAGAGGAGUUGAGGCCAAGAUAGGGUCAAAUUGGUUGAUGGACUGACCGUGCAACGAGAAGAUAGCUUGUUCAUUUUUGACUCCCCUGCACUUUUCCCCCCUUCAGCUCAACCAGACAUACUGUAAAUCAGUAAGAAAUUCAUUAUUCACUGACUAUCAACUUUGCUCAUGGCAAAAUAGUUAUUUUGGUGCAUUAUCAGGGAGUUCACAGUAUACUGGUGGGUUUGUUUGUGUUGGGGCAUUUGUGCACUUUUGCAGAUUUGUCAAUCAAUCCAAUUGAAGGCACACUAUGAAAAACAUUGUGUGCCAGGCAAUGAUGUUUAUGUAUUCAGUCUAGACUGAAUACAUAACUAACAUAACUGUGUUGUUCCUGUGACAGGUGUGUGUUUACCAAAGAGAGUUAGAUGAAUGGCACGUUUCAUGUAAGAAACAUAAUUUUACUUUAAUGAAAGUAGUUCAUUCUAGAUGAACUAUGCUCUCCUAAGUUCCUUGAACUUAAACAGAAAGCCAUUUAAACCAUCCACAGUGUGUAUUUACAUACAGUACCAUCAGGGGCGUAGCCAGGACAUUAUUUCUGGGGGUGCCAGCUCUGGCCAGUCUUUUAUUUGGGGUGGCACUUCAUUGUCAAAAACUACUAUUUUAAAACUCACACACUGCAUCACUCAGAGCAGCAGUUUUCUAACGGUAUCCAGUGGUUAGCUGCUAGUCUCCAUUGAAGCGCUGUCAGAAUGCAGGUACGUUGGUUUGCGUCUUGCGCUGUUGAUGGGAAUAUGGGGCUUGUAGCAUGAGUGACAAAUGACAAUAUAAGACGACUUUAUAAAAAAAAUACUAAUGCAUUUUUUUCAGCUUUAUACCGUUUCUGUUCAGGAGGGUUAAACAUUUUUUUUCCAAAAAUAAGUGAGGUUGGGGGGGCCGGCAGGGUGGCCAUUCUCUGACCAAUGGUGGCCGUGGCCCCCCCUGGGCACCACGUGGCUACGCCCCUGAGUACCAUGUUUUCAUUAUACUUUAAAGUUAAAGCACCAUAUUAUGUGACAGAAUUUGCAAUCCACUCUGAUAAUGCUAUAUAUUUUUUCCAUGAAGAGCCCAACUUUUGAAUAUUAAAAUAAAGCAAGAUUGUCAAAGAAACAAUGAAGCUAUGUUUAGUGGAAUUUGUCUAUGUGCUAAGUAGGUGUGCUUUAAAAUUUUAGACACACUGACAAC